AUGGUGUCGGUCCCUAUGCCUCAAGAGAUCAUACGAGGCGACGCGCAGGCUUUCCCACCGAUCGAAAUUCUGCAAAAGAACCUCGUAUACAUGCUGCUGGCUUUGGUCACCUAUCUAGCUUUUGUAGCUGUGCUACGCUUUCAGCGACGGCACACCCUUCAUAAGACGUUCAGCCGAUAUGCAACCAGGGAAUCCAUGAGAAAUAUGACAGAUCACGAUGCUUGGCUUAUUCAAAAAAUCAUAAUGCAGACCGAGUUCCCUUUUAUAGUUCUCAAAUCACUGCAGUUUGCCCUUUUCCGAACAUAUGGCAUUCCCACGAUAUCAAUUCUUCUUCUGAAGACAUCCCAGUUUUCGGACUCUUCCACGGCAUUCAAGCGGUACGCUGAUACAGGCACCUUGAUCGGGGAAUUCAUGGCCUUCGAACCAAGCUCUGAGCGGGCACAAACCGCGAUAGCUCGAACAAAGUUUCUGCACAAGGGCUACAGAGCCAGUGGAAAGAUCCUCGAGGCUGACAUGCUAUACACACUUGGACUGUUUGCCAUUGAGCCCAUUCGGUUUGUGAAAUUGUUCGAGUGGCGGGAGAUGACUGUAAUGGAGAAAUGUGCCGUGGGAACAUAUUGGAAAAGCCUCGGCGAUGCACUUGAGAUAAGCUACGAUGCGUUACCCUCUGGCAAAGCUGGCUUCCGGGAUGGAAUACACUGGUUGGAAGAGAUCAGCGCAUGGAGUCAUGCUUAUGAAACCCAGCAUAUGAAGCCGCAUCCUCGAAACAAGGAGAUCGCACAGAAAACCAUCGACGUUCUCUUGUAUAACAUGCCCGGGUUCAUGAAGCCUUUGGGGAUGAACUUGGUGUCACAUUUGAUGGAUGAGAGAUUGCGUAACGCAAUGAUGAUCAAGCCACCGGCGAGAAUAUUCAGCAGCGUCUUCGCAUCCGUCUUCAAACUGCGCCAGGUGUAUUUGCGACAUUUGGCCCUUCCACGACCAAACUGCAUGCGACUAGAUGUAUUUGCGCAGAAGCCUAACAAGCACGGUCGCAACUGGGUAACGAUAUAUGAGGGGGCACCGUUUUAUGUGCAACCGACAGUCUGGAACCGAUGGGGACUUUGGGCGUGGUUCAAAUGGGCACUUGGUCAGGCUUUGCCCGGGGAUGAGGGAGAAAAAUAUCAACCCCAAGGAUAUUACACACCAGAUUUAGGACCGAAAUACUUUAAGGGGAAAGGACGGAAGGAGAUGGAGGUCAUUAAACAAGCUCUUCGUCGCCAGCGGAAAGGGCAGUGUCCGUUCCCGUGA